GUAGAGAGCGACGAUCAGAGGUCGCUCUGGCCCGACAUGAACGCACAGUUACUCAAUGCAAGUGUGGUCGUGGAGUACCGAGACACGUUCGCCGAAGCAGUCAUCAAAAAUUUGAUUGUGGUCGUGAUCGGCUUGUCCAUCAACUACAUCAACAUCGGCCUCAUGCACACCUUCUGCAAACACCAGAUAUUCUACACCAACCCUCGCUACAUCCUUUUCUUCCACCUGGUGCUCAACGACAUGAUAAUGGUGAGCCUGACUGUGGUCCUCUUCGUCAUCAGCUACACCAUCCGCAAGAUCAACAUGUGUGUGUGCGCCACCUUCAUCCUGCUGGCGGUCUUCGUCACCGAGAACACACCCCUCAACCUGGCCUGCAUGGCGGCCGAGUGCUACAUCGCCGUGUGCCUGCCGCUGCAGCACGCCAACGUCUGCACGGUCAACAGAAUCCUCAUUCUCAUUGCUCUGAUCUGGACCACCAGCAUGAUCUCGGCUCUGCCCGACCUCUUCGUCAUGUUGGCCACCGAGCCGCUUGACUUCUUCUCUUCCAGCGUGUUCUGCCUCCGAAAUAACGUCUUCCGCAACUCGCUGCUUUCCAGGAAGCGGGACAUCACCUACAUCGUGUAUCUGGUCCUGGGGUGGUUAGUCAUAUUCUACACGUACUUCAAGAUUCUCUACACGGCCAAAACGGCCAGCAAGGAUGGCAAGAAGGCUCGGAAGACCAUCCUGCUGCACGGCGUCCAAGUCCUCCUGUGCAUGGCCACGUACACCAGGCCGCUGCUCAAGGAAGCUCUGCUGCGAUGGUUCCCCCAAAAUGCUAGCGACUCUCUCUUCGCUUGCUACAUCAUCAUGCACCUCCUGCCUCGCUCCAUCAGUCCCAUCAUCUACGGCGUGAGAGACAAAUAUUUCUGUAAAUACCUCAUGCGCUACGUGAGCUGCAGGAGCAUUCGGCACCCGGACCACUGACUCCGCACCAAAGAAAAAGUCUUCAUUGACUCUUUUUGACGACUCUUGUCACCUUUUGGUUCUGAUUCAACAUCAAAUGUUGAAAUGGCUACAUCUUAGCUUCCAAGCAUCAAAUCAUAUACAACUUUAAAAAGAGAAGAGAGUAAAUAGAUCAUUGUAAUGGAAAGCAGAGAUGGUCUGGGGAUGAACAACUUCUAUUCCCUGCCUGAGAUGUACAUCCAAUUUAUAUGGCAAAGAA